UUCCUGAUGUUAUAGUAAAUGUUUAACACCACCAGUUUGAACACUGCUGCUGUGUGUCGUCACUCUGCUUUGUGACCAAAGUCUAAGAAGAAAACAGUGAGUAGUGACUGCUACAGAGACAUUUUCUGUGUCCUCUCUUGAAUACGGCGUACCCCAAGCUUUUUGAAAACCGCUUUGGACUUCAUGACAAUUGGCUACCAUGACAACAGAGGCAAGUGCAGUGAGUGAGGCGGAUACUGAGGGCAAGCAGAAGGCAAGCGGUGCCGAACCCGAACCCGAGAACAAGAAGAAUCCGGAGGCAGCAGCAACUGAGCCAGAGGGGGAGCAGUCGAGCAAGAAAGUCCAGCAGCAGGCCUCUGAGCCUGGGCCUGCUGAUGUAGCCACCUCCCCUGAGGAGGAGCAGCUGAAACCUCGUACCCGGACCUCUGCUGGCAAAGGCCUGUCUCGCCUCUUCUCAUCUUUCCUCAAACGCCGUUCACAGUGCUCUGAGGGAGAGGGAUUUGAAGUAGAGAAAGCCAGGGAGGAAAAGGCAGACAAAGAGGAAAAACCUGACAAAGUGGAAGAGGUGAAAAGUGAAGAGAAGGAAACUAAAGUAGAUGUGGAAAAAUCAGAAGUUAAAGAAGUUAAAAAGAAAGAAGAAAAAGUAGAACAAAAAGAGGAGAAAAAGGAGGAAGAAAAAGUUGAGAAGAAGAGCAGUAAAAAGAAAAAGAAAGAAGCUAAGAAAAAAGCGGAGGAAAAGGAUGAAGAGAAAGUGAAAGAGGAGAAAAAAGAAGAGGAACCAGUGAAGAAGAAAGAGGAGCAAAAGGAAGAGGCAAAGGCACAGCAGACUGUAGAAAAGGUAGAGGAAAAAUUAGAGACAAAAGAAGAGGAUAAGAAGGAAACUGCUGAAGUUAAAGACAAGGGGGCAGAGGUCGGAAAGAAGGAUAGUAAAGAGGAGGGAAAAGUUGACAAGAAGGUGACAAAGAAAAAAGAAAAGGAGGAAAAGGUAAAGAAGAAGGAAGAGGAAAAAGCCAAGAGGAAAGCAGAGGAAGAAGAAAGGGCAAAGAAGCGAGAAGAAGAGAAAGAAAAGAGAAGAGAAGAAGAUAAGACAAAGAAGAAAGAAGAGGAAAAGGAAAAGGAAAAGGGCAAAAAGAAGGAGGAGGAUAAAACGAAAGAGGAGAAGCCAACAAAGAAAGAAGAAGAGACAAAUAAGAAAGAAGAGGAGAAGGGUAAAGAAGAGAUAAAAAAGAUAGAAGAAAAGCCGAAGAAGGAAGAGGAAAAGGGGAAGAAAAGAGAGAAGGGGAAGAACAAAGGAAAGAAGGACACUAAAGGGCCGAGUGAGGAGCAAGUGAAAGCACCGAUUGCUGCUCCAGAGCCAGAACUUAAAACUGAGCCAGACAUCGAACAAGCUCCUGAUCAGCAGUCACUAAGCAGCACAGAGACACAGCCAGUUCAGGAGGAACACAAGGAGGAAGCUGCAUUAAAGAAGGAGCCUGAAGUAGUUGAAGUGAAGAAGGAGGAGACGGAGAAAAAAGAGGAAGAACCAGCAAAACAGGAGAAGGAAGCAAAAGAAGAGAAGGAGGUGGCAAAGGAGGAGGCAAAGAAGGAGAAGCCUGCAAAAGAAAAGAAGACUGAGAAGAAGGCAGAAGAGGCAAAAGGCUCCAAAAAGCAGAAAACCAUGCAAUGCAAAGUCACCUUACUGGACGACACUCAGUUUGAGUGUGAGCUUGAUAAACAUGCUAAAGGGCAGGAACUUUUAACAAAAGUGUGUGACCACCUCAACCUGCUGGAGAAGGAUUACUUUGGCCUCGCUCACUGGGAACCACCAACAAACAAGACAUGGUUGGAACCCACCAAAGAGAUCCGGAAACAGGUUCCAGGUGCUGUCUACGAGUUUACAUUUAACAUGAAGUUCUACCCUCCUGAUCCAGCACAGCUUACUGAAGACCUCACCAGGUACUUCCUGUGUCUCCAGCUGAGGAAGGACAUUAUGCGUGGUGUUCUUCCCUGUUCCUUUGUCACACUGUCCCUGCUGGGCUCCUACACAGCCCAGUCAGAGCUUGGAGAGUAUGACCCAGAACUUCAUGGAACAGACUAUGUCAAAGAUCUGAGUCUGGCCCCCGGACAAAGCCAAGAGCUGGAAGAAAAGGUUAUGGAGCUGCAUCGCACAUACAGGUCAAUGAGUCCAGCCCAAGCCGACAUGCUGUUUCUGGAAAACGCCAAGAAACUUGCCAUGUAUGGAGUGGACCUGCACCAAGCCAAAGAUCUUGAUGGUGUUGACAUUACACUGGGAGUUUGCUCUAGUGGUCUGAUGGUUUAUAAGGACAAGCUGAGAAUCAACCGUUUCCCUUGGCCCAAAGUUCUCAAGAUCUCUUACAAACGCAGCAGCUUCUUUAUUAAGAUCCGGCCGUCGGAGCAUGAGCAGUAUGAAAGCACAAUUGGCUUCAAACUGCCCAACUACAAAGCCUCGAAGAAGCUGUGGAAAGUUUGUGUUGAACACCAUACCUUCUUCAGGGUUCCAACAGUAGAGCCUCCCUCGUCAAGCCGCUUCCUCGUUUUGGGCUCCAAGUUCAGGUACAGCGGACGUACUCAAGCCCAGACCCGCCAGGCCAGCUCCAUGAUUGACCGCCCAGCACCUCGCUUCACACGCUCAGCAAGCAAGCGUCUGUCCCGUAAUCUAGAUGGAGAAGCUGGAGAUGAGACUCUCCAGUUCCUGCAACAACUUUCAGCAUUAACCAGGUCUGAGAUUGAUGAUUGGUCGGUGAUGCUGGCUUCUGACAAACCCCAGCCAGCCCCUGAAUUCACAGCCAAAGGGGAGUCUGAGCAGAUAUUCAUUCAAUCCUGGGAGGAGGGGCAGCCUGUUCAAACUGUCACAGUAACCUUGCAGGACACUGGGCAGACUGGCUCUCAAACUAUCACUCAGACAGUCAGUCAGUCACGGCUGGAACUGGCAUCUGAUGAGCAGCAGCAGAAGACAAAGGAAGAUGAGUGGUCUGUCCUGCUCCAUCGACACCCUCCUUUUCCUUUUGUCCCACCUUUUGACUUUGUGAAGCAGCCAGCUGAGCUCAGCUUGGCAAAAAUUAGCCGUCUGGAUAGGCUAUUGCAACCAGCACUGAAACAGCAAGACGACUGGUUUCUGUACUUUGACCGAAUCUUCAGCCUGUCCAUGAUUGAGCGAGAUGAUAAACCACCAUUCUCUCCUCCAGCCCAGUUCCAGCUACAGGAGAAGGAUGAGCAGAUCACAAGUGUAAUAGAGCAGGAGCUGACUAAUGAGGAGGUCAUUGAGAGGCUGCAAGAAAAAGUGAUCACAGUAGACAAGCUAAAAGAAGUGCAUGUUUUGGAAAAGAGGCUGAGGGAAGUGAGGGAUUUAGAGGAAAGGCUCCAAGAAGUGGAUGAGAUGGCAGAGAGACUCCAGGAAGUAAUAGAAGAGGAACUGGGGAAGGAAGAGGUAGCCAAGUUAAGAGAGGAAGAGAAGUUAGAGCAGGAAGAGAUCAAACAAGUUGAAGGUGUAACAAAAACAGUGGUGAAAAAAUAUGUGAGGAUAGAGACAAAAAAGGAAGAUGAAGUGGAUGAAUUGGAAGAUGAAAUAAAGCAGGUGUUUUUAAAAGACUUGUUGCCUGAGGAAGGAGAGACCGAGGUGAAGCAGGAGAGUGUAAAAGAGGUGACAGAGUUGAGUGUGUUAGAUGAUAGUUUGAGAGACAAGCUACGUCUGAUAGAAAAGGAAUGGCAAGACGAGGUGGAGCAGAAAUUUGGCUUUCCAGAUAUCAUCGGUGGCACCUCUGUAGUAACAUACCAGAAGGUGGAGCAAAGGAUUAAGAAGAAAGUGACAAUUAUAGACGAUAGAGGGCAGCAGCAGGAAGAUGUGGAAAAUAUGCAGAUACAGUCUGGGGUAAUAUCAGAGGAGAGGCUAGAGAAAGAGAACAUAUGGCGUAAGACAGAAAUACUGGAGGAGAGAACUCAGAGAGAAGUUACAGAGAGGUUUCAGGCGGAGGAUCAAUCUCAAGUGGAAGAUGAGGAUAUCUGGUUCUUACUUUUUGACCCCUCUCCAUACAAGGCUGUUGUCAAACCACCAGUUACCUCAGUCAAGCGUGUUCAGGUGGAUAAAGGAGAGUCUUUCACCUCAAAGACUGAGAUUACAACAGUCGAGGAGAAAAGGGGCAUAAUAGUAGAAGAGAGAACAAUAAGAGAAGAAGAAAUAAGACUUAUGCCAGAGAUCCCACCACGACAGAAUAUCACAAAAAGAGAGGAUGACUGGUUUGUGCUGCUGGAUGUUCUUCAGAGAGAAACCUCUUAUGUACCACCAGUGACCUUGAAGGAACAAUACCAGAUGGACGCAGAACGUUUGGUCUCUGUGGUUCUAACUGCUGCAGAGAAAGAUAUUAAGGAAGUAGUAGUUGAAGAGAGAAAGAUAAUAGAAGAGGCACCAAGACAUCUUCAAGAAAUCCCACAGCAGCCUGUCAGAGAAAGAGAUGACGACGCGUUUGUGCAGCCAGUGAAAGAGAGAGAUGAUGAUUGGUUUGUGCUGCUGGAUGUUGUUCCCAGAGAAACAUCUUAUGUACCACCAGUCACCUUGAUGGAACAAUACCAGAAGGAGCCUGAACGUUUUGUGUCUGUGGUUCAAACUGCAGUGCAGAAGGAGAUUACUAAAGUAGUAGUUCAAGAGAGGAAGAUAAUAAUAGAGGCACCAAGACAAGAAAUCCCACAACAGCCAGUAAGAGAACGUGAUGACGACUGGUUUGUGUUGCUGGAUGUUGUUCCCAGAGAAGCAUCAUAUGUACUACCAGUGGCUGUUGCCGAGUCCCCUGAAGAACGUGUCUCUAUGGUUGCAAUAACAUCAGUUAUUGUUGAGCAGAGAGAAAAAAGAAGGGAGGAUGUUGUUGAAGAAAAAGAAAUUAAACAAAAGCAGAGUCAAGAGCAAGUCAUAGCUCUGCCGCAGGCUGUGAGACAAAUAGAAGAUGACUGGUUUGUGAUGUUGGAUAGUCCCACCAGAGAAUCAUCAUUUGUGCCACCAGUAGUAAUGUCUAGGAAGGUGGUUGUAGUUGAAAAGAUGAUGGUGCAAAAAGAGGACAAGAAGCUUCCCAAGCAAAUAAUCCCAGAGCAGAAAAUAUCUCAGCCAGUCAGAGAAAGAGAUGAUGACUGGUUACAGCUGCUGGAUGUUGUUCCCAGAGAAACAUCAUUUGUGCCUCCAGUUUCUCUCCCUCUACCAGCUAAAAUCUAUCCAGAUAUUCAACCUGUAAUUGAAGUGAAAAGAAAAGAGCAGAAACUGCCAAAGGUUGAUCUUGACCAGAUUAGACAGCAGCAUUCUCAGCCACUGCCAGAGAGAGAUGAUGACUGGUUUGUGCUGUUUGAAGCUGUUCGUGAGGAAGCAGUCAUACGACCAUCAGUUGCUGCAGUUAAAAUUAUUCCGGAAAUGAGGAAGACGUUUGAGGUUGAGGUGACAACAACUGAGACUAGAACAUGGAAGAAGACGAUAAUUGGUGUGGACAGCAGGCAAGAUGAGGCACGUCUGUCUGAAAUUAGACCGAGCCCAAUGGCACCAUCAUCAGAAAGAGAAGGAGGAGAUGAUUGGUUUAUCCUGUUUGACAUCAUCAGAGAAAAGACUGUUGUCAUACCACCAGUGGCAAUGGCUGGGCCUGUCCGUAUGUAUCCUGAAGUGAGACCAUCUAAAAAGGUUACAACCACAGAGCAGAGAACACAGCAGAGAAUUAUAAUAGUGGAGGAGAGAUGGCAGCAGGAGAAGAUGAUACAGCAGAUACCACGUCCAACAGUGAGAAAGGUGGAGGAUGAUUGGUUUAUUCUUCUCGAUGUGGCCCCUAAGAAAUCAGUUGCUGCCCCUGAGCGCAUCCGAUUCCCGGCAGAAGUCAGACCUCCAACUUCUGAGACCAAAAAGAGGAUUGUUAUCUCUGAAACAAGACCUCAGUUUGAGAGACGAAUCUUGGAGGAGAGACGUCCAGUCGUGCACACACAUAUUAAUGAUGAUUGGUUUGUUCUACUAGAUCGUGGCCUCAAAGAGUCAGUGGUGAGCACACAGAGGGGUGCCCGUCCUGUCAGUGCUCCAGUCUUCUCCCAGGCUGCCCUGGCAGAGGCAGGGAUCCCAAUGGCCCCUCUUGACCAGCCCCAGACCUCCACUCCAAUCAAGACAAGCCGCAAAGACGAAAGGCGACUGGAGGUCACUGUAGAGGCUGUGGAGCCCUCAAAAACUGAGGCUGACAUCAAGCCAGCAGUGUGGAGGGACCAGAGAGAAGAGACUUCAUUGAUAACCAGCAUCAAUGGGGACAUUCAGUCUGAGGUGGUGAGCACGGAGGUGGUGCGAAUGCGAAAGAAAAGAGCUAAGAAAAUUGAGGGUGACUCAAUUUAUAUCAGACAUAGCCUUUUAAUGUUGGAGGAGUUCGAUAAGACUAACGAGGACGUGCUCAAACAUCACGCCAGUAUCAGUGAACUGAAGAGGAACUUCAUGGAAUCUGUCCCAGAGUCCAGACCCAGUGAAUGGGACAAGCGUCUGUCCACACACUCUCCAUUCCGUACACUGGGUAUCAAUGGUCAACCUCUACCCAGUGCAGAUGGGAGUGUGUGCAUUAGUCCGCUAUGUGAUGGUUCAGAGAGAAAAGCUGCUCAUGUGGAAACCAGCAGCAAUUUGGACUUUUCAGGCAUACCCAGUCCCACUGUGAGCCACAAGAGUGAGCCUGAUAGUGUUGAAGCCCACAAUGUUCCUGUUGAGGAGGAGUCAUAUGAUCAGGAAGAGGUUGUAAUUUUUGAGACCUCCUUGGUACCCAUCGUGGAGAUGGCGCAGCUGCCUCCCUCAUUCAGCCCCUCCAGUAAAGAUUUAGAUGAGAUCCAGGAAGAAGAAGGAUCAUAUCCUGGAGUGUCGGAGUGCUCUGGGAGGAUAGUUGGAUGUUUCCCAGCCUCCUGUUUCAGGAGCGAUGGUCUACAGGUCAUACGCUGCUUCCAGCCCCCUCUGGUGCAGACCCAGACAGUCACCAUCACAGCUGUCUCCAACUCCUUACCCAGUGGCAUCUCCACCACAGACAUCCCUAUCGUCCCGACCAAGACCUUCACCUAUGAGUCUUCAAAGGUGACAGUUGACGGAACAGAUGAGGAUAAAGAUGGCACCACUGUGUCCAGCUCCAAGACCGUUAGCUCAGAAACCACCAGUGGCACCACAGUCACCACCACUACCACUCACAUCUCAAAGGUAGUGAAAAGUGGUACUUCAGAGACUCGUGUGGAGAAGAGAAUUGUCAUAAACGCAGACUCUGAUAUCGACCAAGAUAAGGGGAAAGAUGGAGGAUCAUCAUUGUAACUGAAUCACCACUUUCAUUUAUUCCUUUGACUCCACCUUCCCGGAUUCCUUCAUCAGAGUGCAGCACUCAACAUACACUGGCCAGCUCAAUCAGCACACACAUAUCUGAAAAGAAAUAUCUCACAAAUCUUCAUCUAAAAAAACUUGGUAGCUAAAUCUCAAUAGAUCCCCUUUGUUUGUUUUCUUCUUUUUUCAGUUGAGCUGUUUUAUCAUAGGUAGAGGAGGGCUGCACAGUGCUCAAGUUUGAAAUGAUAAUCUUAUCCUGGUGUUUGAAAAGCUUAGUGAAUACAUGUUUAUUGCGUUUUUUUUUAAAAACAGCAUUUUCAGUUGAGUCAUCUCAGUUAUGUUUGCUUUUAAAUGCUUUUAAAUGCUUUUUAUUUUCCUAGUGGUUUUUACAUUGUUCAUUUUAUACAAAUGCACUCUUUCCAUUUUAGUUUAGACACCAUUAUCAGCAAUUAUUCCCUUGGUGCUGCUAGGGGAACGUUAAGACUACAUUCAAGGGAACUCUUUGAUUUUUGUUUACUUAUGUAUUUAAUUCAGGAGAGACAAUUUUUAAUUAAAUGACAUACCUCACAUUAAUAUGUGGACAGAGAUAUUCUGUGCUCAAAUUUGGACAGCUUGUUCACUGCUCAGGUACUGAAACCUAAAUCUUUUACUUCCCCGACCAGCAAAGAACCAGUAGCCUACACAUUAUUGUAAAGUUUGAAUUAAAAAUUGAUCUAUUUUGAAAUAUUUCUCUAUUUUAUAGAAUUAAUGCUUUUAUAGUAUUUGUACAAAUUGAGGUUUUUAAGUUAUUCAUAUCCAUCUGCUCAUUAAAUUUGUACGUUACCAUUGUGCUGUUUACUUAAUUUCUUUUCAGGUCUCUAUUUAAGACCUCCUUAACUGUCUUGCCUGGCACCCUGAAUCAUUCUUAUUCGUUUCCUCUUGUAGUCCACCAAGUUUAUCAGACCUUUAACAAUUUACAUAUGAUCCUAGAGUGCUUCCCUCAGCCCCAUGUUUUGUUCAGUAGCGUAGAAGUCAUAAUUGCUUUGAAUAUAUUUGGUUGAUAAAAGUUUUACAAGCUUUGGUCUGUUUAUCUCAGGUUUUGAUAUUUUUUGUAAGACUACAGACCUCCAUAUGAUUGUAUGAGGAAUGUUCAUAUAUGUAUAUCCAUCCCUACUUUAAAUGUACAUUUCUGUUCAGCUAAGUGAGGUCAAAUAUAAAAGCUUGUCUGUGACAGUAACCAUGAGUUUAAGAGGUGUGAAGGCAGCUGUCUAAGCAUAUGUGGCUUUUCUCUCAUAGGAGCACAAUGUCUUUUUUUUUUUUUUUUUACAUGUUCUACUAUACAGUAAUUUAUUUGUAAAGUAGGUACUGUUUAAUGUAAUUUGAUGUACUGUGAUGUUUCAACACAAGCUGGUUUCCAGGCUUCCACUAGACAUGUCACAAUGUGAAAUAUUACAUUCAUCAUCAUCAACAAAGUUUGUAAAGCCUUUUUACCACGUAGUCGAAGUAGAUCGCUCUCUCACUUGCUGUUUCCUGUACUUUUCAAUAGAAGAGAGAAUGUUUAAAAUAUAUAUGAAUCCCUAUUAGAUAGCAUGUUUGUUAGCAAAGUUUUUUGUUUUUUUUAUCUCAAACAGAAGCCAUUGGUAUUGUAGCUACAUGGACAUCAGAUCGCAAUGUCUCCUGGAAGAAAAUGUAGAAUUUCACAUGAAAAAAGAUAGUUUUUAGACAAUGGAAAAUAUUGUUGCUUUGUGACUUAUCCCUGUCUUUUUAUGAAAAAAUAAAACAUGCAUUAUUUU